AUGCAUUCAAACCCGGUCAUCUUGAAACAGUUGGUUCACCCAGUAGCGUCAGCUCAAUUGACUGGUCAAACGCUCUGCCGCUUAUGUGUAUAUUAUGUUAUUGGCGUGUUAGAAAUGGAAAAUGUAGAUAACAAAAUGUUGUGUAUCACAAAGUAUUUUGAUGUUAAAUUCACCAAUAGAAAAUGGUUCCUGUCAGUCUCACAUUUUGAAGCCCAUUAUAGACUAACCAUUCCAUGGACUAUUCACAAGCGAUCUUUGACCGUUUUUUCAAAUCUUUCAUUGAAGAAAUUUAAAAACUUGAAAAGAUUUGGUAUUCUGAUAUUUCGGGCUUUUUGGCUUUCGUCUGUUUACGUACCGUGCAAGUGCAAGGAUUAUGACAGAUAUGACAGCUGUCCCAGUUGUGAUGAAAACAUAACGGAGGAAAAAUCAUUAGUCCUACAUACAUCAGUCGUAAUACUGAAAUCCUCAUUUAGAACAGGGGUGGGCAAACUUUUCGUUGCGAGGGCCGCAUUGAGAACUAUUUAA